GAUCAUGUGUGUCGCUUCGUGGGAUGUGGCCGCAAUGACCGCUUUAACUACGUGGUGAUGGAGCUUCAGGGUCGUAAUCUGGCCGACCUGAGGAGAAGUAUGACCCGGGGCACGUUUAGCAUCAGCACCACCCUGCGUCUGGGUCGCCAGAUCCUGGAAUCCAUAGAGAGCAUCCACUCGGUUGGCUUCCUGCAUCGUGACAUCAAACCGUCCAAUUUUGCCAUGGGUCGCUUCCCCAGCACCUGUCGUACCUGCUACAUGCUGGACUUUGGUUUGGCUCGACAGUUCACCAACUCAUGCCAGGAGGUCCGACCUCCUCGUCCUGUGGCAGGAUUCAGGGGAACAGUACGUUAUGCAUCUGUCAACGCUCACAAGAAUAAGGAGAUGGGUCGUCAUGACGACCUUUGGUCCCUCUUCUACAUGCUGGUGGAGUUUCUGGUCGGUCAGUUGCCGUGGAGGAAGAUCAAGGACAAAGAACAUGUGGGGAAGCUGAAGGAGACCUAUGAUCAUCGUCUGAUGCUCAAACAUCUGCCCGCAGAGUUUGGUGUGUUUUUGGAACACAUCUCCAGCCUGGACUACUUCACCAAGCCUGACUACCAGCUGCUGAUGUCAGUGUUUGACAACAGCAUGAAAACCUACAACGUGGUGGAGAACGACCCCUAUGACUGGGAGCGGACCGGCACCGAUGGCACCUUGACAAUCAGUGCUUGUGCCACAACACCACAACAUCACACCCGGCUCACUCCGGCACAUAUGGGCAUGGCGAAUGCCUCCCUGAUACCUGGCGACCUGCUGAGGGAAAACACAGAUGAGGUUUUGCAGGAUGAGCAGCUCAGUGACGUGGAGAACAACCCCGCCCCUGAUCGCCUGCCUGGCUCGCCCCUUCACCCGCACCGCAACCAGGAGGCUGAUGUGUGGGAGGAGCUGGAUCGCAACCGUAACCGCAUCAGGACAGCAGUCUGGAAGGCAGCGACGGAGGAGGAACACAGCAACAACCAGGGCAACCAGGGCAACCAGGGCAACCAAGGACACCAGAGCCCCUACGCCGGGCCAAGUCUGGGUUCUCCAGUCAAACACUCUGAGGUGAUGGCUUCAGACCGAGAGGGCCCUCUGCUGAGGAAGCUCCGCAACAUCCACAGCUUUGAGCUGGAGAGGAGGCUCGGCUUAGAGUCCAAGCCCAGUCCAGAGCGCUUCCUCGAGGCCUGCUCGGCUCAGCAGCAGACCGGCGCCCCACACCAGGAGAAGGAGGCAAAUGCAGCUGCAAUCAUCCCAGUAACUCAGGGUCAAACCGUACCUGCCGGGGAGCGUCCCGAUAGGAUCUGGCACUAUGAUGAGGAGUUCCUGUCUGGCAACGGUUCUCCCAAACCUGCAUCCCCUGGAUCUCUGGAGCAGGGAGAGGGGGCGGCCAGCAGCGGGGGCUUUGUGGCCCUCAAUUUGAGCUCUGGGAGGCAGGACAUUGACUCAAGGGAGUGGGUAAUGGUGGAGCGACCCAGUGGCUCCCCAGGAGCCAAGGUUACCAGCCCUUCAGAGGAGGAUGAGGCGCCAGAGGUGUUCCAGCCAGGGCAACGGUCUCCUGGGUGGGGUAAGGGUAGCCCAAGCCCUAGCUCUGGAAAAGCUAAACAGGAGAGCACGGCUUCCUCCAAAGGAAGUACAAAAGUGGACAAGUUGGAGCUUAGCGUGGGCCCUGCCGGGGCUCUGCCUCCCAUCACUCCAACCAGCCCAGCUGAAGCUCUGGCUGAGGGAGUUCUCACGCAGCUCCCCACCUCUCCUCCGUCCCUGCCUGAGGAAGUCGCGGUGCGGACGUACAGCCCCAUCCCUCUGCGCUCUCCCAGCCCUCACACUCUCCUGACCACCCUGUCGGACCCGCUGCACCAGCGCCAUCCGCCAGGGAUAAGGCGCAGCCAGUCUGCCGACCAGCAGCAGGAGCGCGCCUCCUCUUCAUCCUCCUGCCAUGCCUCCCUUCCGCUACCACCACAUCCCGCCCCUGGCACCCGCUCGCCCAGUCGUAGGAAACUGCCCGCCAUCCCAGCGGGUGCUGCCAACGCCAAGUUUCCCUCUGUCAUACGCAUCACACGCGCCCAACUUCAGCAGGUGAUGAGCUCAUCACAAUAAAAACAGUCCUCCAUUCAGCCUCCUCUACGUCAGUAGCAACACACGGGCUGUCAACACUUUUGUUUGUUCAUUUUCUUUUUUCUUUACGUUGCUUGUUUUGGCUUCUUUGUUCCGUUGGCUUGCUUACUGUGUUGUUGUCAGGCAGCUCUCUCCAGAGACCAUGAAGGGCAUUGUGCAGGCCAGGCAGA